CUAAGGUACCAAGCUGUGCUUCCUUCUAGUUCUACACAUGUUCACCGUCUUCUGCCGAAGGUUUGCGGAAAGCUGUCAAAUUUCCAGUAAAUUUGUCCAAUUUCUCAUCUGAAACCACUGUAGCUUUCAAGCAGUCGCAAGUAUGGCCACAACGAUUACUGAGGUCUCCGGUAACAAGAGUUUUGGAGGAUGGCAGAAGACUUUCAAACACGACAGUGGAGAGUUGAAAUGCUCCAUGAACUUUGGAAUUUACCUGCCGGCCGAAGCCAAGACGGACAGGCUGCCCGUGCUGUACUGGCUGUCUGGACUGACUUGCACCGAGGCCAACUUUGCCCAGAAGGCCGGGGCCCAGGGCCUGGCUGCCGAGAACAAGGUCAUCAUUGUCAUGCCUGACACCAGCCCACGGGGCUGUAACAUUGAAGGAGAGGAGGACAGUUGGGAUUUUGGGACCGGCGCCGGGUUCUACGUCGACGCCACCGAAGACAAGUGGAAGACCAAUUACAGAAUGUAUUCUUACGUCACCAAAGAGCUGCCGGAGGUCAUCAAUGCAAACUUCAACACGAUUCCCGACGCCAUGUCCAUAUUUGGGCACAGCAUGGGAGGCCACGGUGCAUUGAUCUGUGCCCUGAAAAACCCAGGAAAAUAUCGGUCGGUGUCCGCCUUUGCCCCCAUCUGCAACCCCAUGCAGUGUCCGUGGGGCCAGAAGGCUUUCAACGGCUACCUGGGCUCCGACCAAGCGAAAUGGAAGGAGUACGACGCCUGUGAGCUGGUCAAGGCUUAUCAGGGCCCACCCCUGGAUAUCCUGGUUGACCAGGGAAAAGCAGACCAGUUCCUCCUUCAAUCUCAACUCCUCCCGGACAACUUGGUGGCAGCGUGCACCACCAACAAGACGGCUAUCACCCUGCGCAUGCAAGAGGACUACGACCACAGCUACUACUUCAUUGCGACCUUCAUGAAGGACCACGUCCGACACCACAUGCGCUACCUCAGCGCCUGAUUCACCCACCGACAGCCGAUGACGCAGGCUGGAGCUUGUUUCAAACAUCUGGUCGCCAGUCUGACAAAUAGCCCUAUCGACCUGCAUUGAUUUCAAAUCAAAGUAUUUAUGAAUGCAACACACUCAGAAGUUUCAAUGGAGGGUUUGCACAAGAUGCCAUCUUGGUGGUAAAGCCAUUGUUCUUUUGGGCACACUGAUUGAUAAUAUGAUUGUCAUGGAAUUAACACCUGUAAAAAUUAUAUGCAUUGCAAACCGCAGUGAAAAUACUCCAUAUUUGGGUAGUAUACUGCCCUCUGUGGGUCUGAUACAAUUAUGUUCAUUAUGUCUACAUCAAGCUCGUCAGAAUUCUGACAGUAUGAUUUAGUUUCUGCUGCCAUUUAGUGACAACAGAGUUGCUUGUCAAAAAUGCUGUGACCAAGUUUUUUUUAAACUUUCGUCUAAUUUAUAAUAGGCUUCAUUCAUUUUGUGACCAUGAAAGCAAAUUGGCCUGCAUAAGAAAAAAAAGUCUCACAGUUGUAUCAAGAUGUGUGGAUUUCCCAAAUUACAGAAAAAAUAAUUUUGUUUUCAUCUACUCCUGGUGUAUCAACAGAAGUGAUCCUGUAAACCAUAUUUUUGUGGACAAUGACCAUUUUUCCUGAUGUGUUUCUGGUUUUAAUAACACACGAAAUGAAAAUAAAAAGAAAUGACAUCAA